AUGUGGGAAGCCACAAACCGCCCCUGGAAAGAUGCCCUCAAAGAGCUGGCGCCCAAAGCCAAGAAGAAGGGACACGGCGGGCGCGAGGCCAAGAAGGACCUGAAGAUUAAGAACAUGGGCUCGUGGGCAAGCUUGGUGCAGAAGCACCCCACCACGCCGUCCUCCACGGCCAAGUCCUCCAGCGACAGCUUCGAGCAGUUCAAGCGGGCGGCGCGGGAGAAGGAGGAGCGCGAGAAGGCGCUGAAGGCCCAGGCCGAGCAGGUGGAGCGCGAGAAGGAGCGGCUGCGGCGGGAGCAAGAGCGCAUGAGGAGCCGCGACGACGAGGACGCCCUGGAGCAGGCGCGCCGGGUGCACGAGGAGGUCCGCCGGCGCCAGGAGCAGCAGCAACAACAGCAGCAGCAGCAACAACAGCAGCAGCAACAACCGCAGCAGCAGCAACAGGCGGCGCCGGCGCAACAGGCGGCGCCGGCGGCGGCCCCGGCGCAGAGCUCCCAGGCGCCCUCCUCCCAAUCCAUGCUGGAUCAGCAGCGGGAGAUGGCCCGGAAGCGGGAGCAGGAGCGGCGGCGCCGGGAGGCGAUGGCGGCCACCAUCGACAUGAAUUUCCAGAGCGACCUCUUGGCAAUAUUCGAGGAAAACCUUUUCUAAGGAGCCGCCCGGCGCCCCCAGCCCCCUUCCC